UCUUCUCAAUUAAUAAAGAGGUUCAAGUUAGAGUUAUUGAAAUUGAAGGAAACGUGUCUCAAGGGUUCUUAACAAAUUACAAAACAAUAUAAAUUCAAACUAUAUAGCUUCCAUUUUAUGGCAAUAUAAUUAUGGAAGAUAACUAGAACAACCAAGAGGAUUAGGCCACAUAACAUGGAGAGGAAUUACUUGCCAAUUCUAUUAUCUCCAAUUGCCACCGAACAGUUUUAUAAUUCCAACCAAAAGUUAACCGUAGACCUCUCGAGGUCCACCUCGGAGAUGAAAGACCAGAGACGCCCGUCGAUGGUAAAAGGAAAGGCUUGGAAAGUCGGGAAGAGAAAGAUGGAGGGGAGCGGGGUCGUCGACUCUCAAAGUCACGGUUAUAGAAAUUGCCUGGCUCGUUCGCGAGGGAGUCGUUCCACAUCCCCAUUCCGCCAUCUUAGCACCGAUGCUCUCUUCCGCUGGCCGCGGAGGCCAACCGAGACGUCUGACCUCUCGUGGCCCACAGGCUUCUUCCACGAUCAUCCUCCAUGGCCAAGGAGAUAG